AUGUUCCGAAUACCCUUUGAAAUACAUAACGAAUCCAGUCCUAAAAACAAAACCGGCUUUCGCAUCAAGGCGCCGGGAGAUUUCAGUGAAGCGGAAAUUGAUAACGCACUGGACACGCUCUAUUCACGAUCGGUGAAACAGGAGCGCACUCAGCUUAUUCAGCUGCAGUAUGUGGCACACGGCCUGUCCGCUGUGGCAUACAACAUGUGCGCACAUUGUUGCAGCGUCGAUUUCCCCCAAGAUCGUUGCACACAACUGAAGGGCAUUGUUAGAAACUACUUUCGCAACGAUUAUCCACAGGAUUUGCAGCUGGAAAUUGAGCCCAGCGAUGUGCCGGAUGAUCACAUAAUUGCCGAUGUGCAUGCACUGAUCAACAUGUAUCCCGACAAUACCUUCAGUGGCCGCAACAUUGCGCGUAUUUUCCAUGGCAUCUCCAGUCCCAACUAUCCGGCUGUCAUGUGGGGACGUUGUCAUUAUUGGCGUGCUCACACCAAAGUCGAUUUCAAUCGCAUUCUUAAGUUGGCCAAUAUGGAAAUUGUCAAAAGACGCACGUGAUUAUUACCUAUAUAUAUAAUAUGUCGAUAUUUUAUGUUUAUUUUUAUUCAAGUUAAAUUUUUCCCAACAUAAACUAA